UCUUUCCGCCAGCCGGGCUGGUUGCUGGGUCCUGGAGCCCUCCCGCUCCCCUUUCCUCGGCGCUUUCUUUUCUUCUCCUCCGCCUCCUCCUCCGCGCGCGCGCUCCCUUCCAUCCCAUGCGGGCGGCGGCGAGGAAGGAGUCUUCGGGCGGCCGUGCAGCCCCAGGCGGCCGGCUCUGGACAUGCCCCGCUGCCCUCGCUGCCGCAGCUCUUGUGGGCGCCCCUUGCGCUGAGCCCGGCCGGGUGGUGUCGCCGCCGCCGCCUUGCAAGGAGUCGCCGCGCUAGGGACUCAUGAGCGCGGAGCCGUCGCCGACGCCUUCCCGCGCCGCCUCGCAGUUCCGCGCUCUCUUCAGGAUGGAGCCGGUCCCGCCCGUGGCUUCCGAGCAGCUGGUGGGAGCCUGCGAGUUCCUCAAAGACCGACUGUAUCUGGCUACUUUACGGAAUAGACCGAAAAGCACAAUAAACACCCACUAUUUCUGUACGGAUGAGGAGCUUGUCUAUGAAAAUUUUUAUGCAGAUUUUGGUCCUCUCAACUUGGCUAUGCUUUAUCGAUACUGCUGUAAACUAAACAAGAAACUAAAGUCAUUCAGUCUAUCAAGGAAGAAAAUAGUGCAUUACACCAGUUUUGAUCAGCGGAAACGAGCAAAUGCAGCAUUUUUGAUAGGCGCAUAUUCAGUGAUUUACUUGAAGAAAACUCCAGAAGAAGCUUACCGGAUACUUCUAUCUGGAUCCAAUCCACCAUAUCUUGCAUUUAGGGAUGCUUCAUUUGGAAACUGCACAUAUAAUCUAACUAUCCUGGACUGUCUGCAGGGAAUAAAAAAGGCCUUACACCAUGGAUUUUUUGACUUCAGGACAUUUGAUGUAGAUGAGUAUGAACAUUAUGAGCGGGUAGAAAAUGGUGACUUCAACUGGAUUGUCCCGGGGAAGUUUUUAGCAUUUAGCGGACCACAUCCAAAGACCAAAAUUGAAAAUGGCUAUCCUCUCCAUGCACCCGAAGCCUAUUUCCCAUAUUUCAGAAAGCACAAUGUAACAACAGUCAUAAGACUCAACAAAAAGAUUUAUGAAGCAAAACGUUUCACAGAUGGUGGGUUUGAGCACUACGACCUGUUCUUCAUAGAUGGAAGCACACCAAGCGAUAAUAUAUUGCGACGAUUCUUGAACAUCUGUGAGAAUGCAGAAGGUGCCAUAGCUGUACAUUGUAAAGCUGGGCUAGGAAGAACAGGAACACUGAUAGCCUGUUAUAUAAUGAAACACUAUAGAUUCUCACAUUCUGAAGUCAUUGCCUGGAUAAGAAUGUGCCGUCCUGGUUCUAUCAUUGGACCCCAGCAGCACUUUCUUGAAGAGAAGCAGACAGCCUUGUGGAUCCAAGGGGACAUCUUCCGGUCCAAACUGAAGCCAAGAGCAGUAGAUGAUGAAAGCAUGUGCAAAGUUAUGUCUAGCUUUGAUGACAUUUCUAUCACUGGAACUUUAGACAGAUAUGGGGAGAAUGAUUUGGAAGAUGGUGAGGAGGUAGAAGUGAAGAAUGGCAUGACUCAGGGAGACAAGCUUCGUGCCUUAAAACUUCGGCGGCAGCCACGUUCAGCUACGACAGGCACACUUAAGUUAGAAGAUAUGAAGCUGCACACCAGAUCCAUGUCCCAGCCUUUCAGGACUGCACGACUACAUUACCCAAUGUCAUUGGUGCCAACAUGCACCACAACCGCUGACUCCUCCCCAGCACUAUCUGUCAACCUAUCUAGACAGUGUGUGAUGUCCGCAACCUUCACACCAGGCAGACUGAAUACUUCAGCAAUCACGCAAGGAUCGGUGUCUCCUUUGAAGUCCUCCAAAGUGAUGGCAGUGUCUCCUUCAGCAAAGAGAAUAAACAGAAACUCUGCAUCCUCAAGCUCAAAUUUUAAAAGCAUUUCCAUAAACUCCAGGCUAGCCAGUUCCCUAGGGAACCUGUACGCUGCUUCCGAUGAUGCUGAGAGCAAACUGACAUCAUCAUCCUCUAGAACAGGUUAUUCUGUAAACCAAACCUCCAGUCAUUUGAAUGGCAGUGCUCAGCUGCCUGCCAGAAAUUACCGUGAGCUGAACAACAACCUGUACAACAGAAGCGGCAAUAGUGCUACCAACCUCAACAGCAAUGUCAAUUCUCCCAGCGUCCUGACAGACGAGUACAGCACCUACAGAUCUUUUACGGGGCUCGCUGCUUCUCCAGCAAGAUACUUGAGUCGUUCAAUUCCUUCCCUUCAGUCUGAAUAUGUUCAGUACUAAAGCUUUGUUGCUUCGGUGAAAGCUGAAUAGCUCUUACAAUUCAGUCUUCUUCAUGGAGGAGCAAUAUUGAAGGGAACAAACAACCCACAGGAAAGAGACUCUUUCAUACCUGAUUAGAACUCCAAAGACAACUGGGUCUUUGAAUAACCACAGACUACUACAAAUGCACUGAACUUCUGAACAUUACAAUUCUGUGCACAGACACUGAGAUUUUAAAAUUAAGGAUAUUUGUAAUAACUUUUAGCAAAAUAUUUGUAAGUAUAGUUCUGAUACAGUGUUAAAAUGUAUAUGUACUGUGUAAAAUAUUUUGGUAAGCUCUGUGUGUGUGUGUGUAUAAUUUUAUAUAUAUAUACACACACACACAUGGCUUUUUUUCUGGGAAAAGACGUGGUGGAACUCUCAAGAGGGAAAUGAGGGAGAAACUCGCAGGCCCCUUUACAAAAUGGCCAUUUCCUCCAGGGGAAAUGAUCUCUCUGGAGAUCAGGGGGGCGGGGCCACCAGACACAAGAGGUGCCGGAACUCCGUUCCACUGCAUUCCUUCUGGAAAAAAGCCCUGUGUGUGUGUGUGUGUGUGUGUGUGUUGUGUAAAAACUAGACUAUAUUUUGAUUUGUUUCACUUUUUUACCAAAAAUGUGUAUUUUUAAAUAUUAGAAUUUUACAGAGCAAACACUAGCCUGAACCCAGAGGAGCCUGUGUAUGAAAAGCACUUAUGCUUCUGCUUUAGUGAGAAGUGUGACAGGAUUUCCUUUGGGUAGCAGCCCUUCACAGCUCCAUAGAGUGCAGUUCUGGUGCCCAGCCUUUAGGAGGGCAUAAUGGUUUGUGGCAGGGUGGAGAUGGAGCUGAAUGGCUCCUGUGCAUACACAAAAAGCAACUUGCACAGCUCUGUAUUCUAGCCAUUAAGGACAGCACUUAAUGGUUUUAUUCAUGUGUCCAUGACUGAAGUUCAGUUUAAAGAACUAUACCUAGCAGGGAACAAGUUCUUUUUAGGUUUUAAAUGCUAAUGCUUAAAAAGGGCUUUCAAAGGGGAUAUUGUGUCUCUGGCCUAUGUAACACCCUGAAUUAGUGUCUUCUAUUUUUCUAUGGAAAAGGAAUGUAAUUUUAAAUAAUCAAUCUGUCAUAUUGAUUGACAUUUUCAACUCAACAAUUCGUCUUUUUAAAAAGAUGAUCUACUCUUGGAGCCUUACUUUCUAUAUUGUUUUCUGUAUAACAUUUCCAGUUCUAAAAACUACUUAUAUCAUAAUGUAAACCUCAGAGAAACACACUGUUUUGAAUAGCAGAAAGGGCUGCGCAUAGAAAAUAAAACCUUGUGUUUCACUGAAUUUAUAAUGUCUUCAAUUUUAGGUAUGCUGGACAUUUUUACUUCUAAGAUACGAAGUGUUACAUCAAAAGUGUGAACUUACGUUGCCAUGAAUGUAGGCAGACUAUUAUAUACAGCUUUCAUUAGAAAGUGCAGGUACAUUGUUAAAGUUCAGUGCAGACCAUUCUCUUCCAUUGUAACCCCAUGUUGAUGACAUAUUCCACCAUGCUGUGCUUAUACACCAAUUAAUAGCAGCUUUAGUUCUCCGUUACCUUUAAUCAUUGAAGCAUUUCAAAAAAUGUUGCUGAGAAAAAUGUAACUAUGUAUUGGAAUUACUCAAAAAUAUUUCUGAAAUAGCAGUACUUCCCCUUUGUUUCUCUGUUUGCAAUGCUAGCUGGUGGUAUCAGUCAGAAUACUGUAAUUGUGUAAGCAACAUGGUAACGUGCAUUUUACUUACCAUUUAUAGCACACUAAGAAGAAUGCCCAGCCCUCAAUAUUAUAUUAAAUGCAGGAAGUGCUUUUUUGCAUAUCAUGCCAGUAUAAUUCAUUUUGAGAAAAGGUUGUAUGUUAAUUUGAAGAGAGAUGGUCAUAAUUUUGGUACCUAAACUCUUGAUUGCACCUGUUCUAAUCACUGAAUGCAAUAAUCUAACUUUUAUAUAAUGUAUAUAAUGUACUGUAUAUGACUGAUUGACAAAUUCUAAGGUAAUUCUACCUCUUACAAAGAUUCAGAUGUAUUUUGCUACUAGUGUUCUUACUAGAAAGAUGUACUAUUUUUAAGUGUAGAAAUACAAAUGCUGAUCAAUAAUAAAAAUAAAAAUUACACAACUUA